CUCUCUCUCUCUCUCUCUCUCUCUCUUCUAUCUCUCUGGUUCUUUUCUUUCUUUUUCGGUUUCUCUCAUCGGAUGAGAAUCGCAGAAACCCUGUUUCGAAAACUUUGAUUCAGAGAGAAAGUUUGAGUCAGACACGAUGAAUAUCAGAACGGAAGCUCAACCUUCGACCUCUGCAGCAACAGAGAAGGCUUUGUCGUUCAUCUCGAAAGGUUGGAGGGAGGUGAAAGAUUCAGCUGAUGCGGAUUUUCAGUUGAUGAGGAAUAGGGCUAACUCUUUCAAGAACAUAGCUACUUCUUUCGAUAGAGAGCUCGAGAACUUCAUCAAUUCAGCUUCUUCCUUCUCUGUUCCCGCUAUCCGAUCUACUCCACCGACUGAAAUCGAUUUCGUCAAGAGAUUACAGCCAAAGCUAUCUGAAUUACGCAGAGCAUAUUCUUCUCCAGAUUUCAGUCGCAAGGUUUUGGAUAAAUGGAAACCUAGGUCUAGGAUUCGGAUUGACCUGUCCGCGAUUAGGAGCGCAAUUGUUUCUGAAGUUGAGGAGGAAACGGAUGGGAUUAUUAAUUUUGAUGAUAGGGAUAGGUUUUGGGGUAGAACGAAUGUUAUAGUGAAGGACUUUCGGUGGGAUUGGAAGGGAGAUAGCGAGGAAAGCCAGAAGGAAUGGGAGCCUAUUCGGGCGUUGAAGACGCGGCUGAAGGAAUUCGAGCGUAAAAGUUCUUCGGCAGAGAUAUUCAGAAAUAUCACGAACAACGAAUUUAUGCAGAAAUUAAAAUCGAGCCUGGUACGUUUUGAAGUUAGAAUUAAAAAAUCUCCAACACCCCCCCCCCCCCCCUUUUUCCCUUUCUCUCUUUUGAUAUAAUUGGAUGCAUUACUGGGUCUGUCUGAGGUAGUUGCUUACGCAUGGCAGUAGUGACUUCUCUUGGGGCUCCUUCCCUUCAUAUGUAUACUGCUUUCCCUUGUUGUGUAAGCUGGGGUUCAACCUGUGUUGACCGAUUAAGUUAUGAGCUUCAGUUGGAUUACCUGAAUUUUUUUCCUUUUUCAUUCAAACUGGAGUGGGUCAGUAAA